CUCUGUGAAAUGAAAUAAGAAGAAGAAUCCACAUAACGAUCCUUUGCUCUUUCAAUUCAAUCCGAAAGUCAUUUGCUAUAUCUUUAGAUCCGGCUGUCUUCUUGUUGACUGGAACAACAAGUAGUUUGAUCAUGACUAAGACCGAUAACUGAUGCAAUUGCGAUCCAGGAUCUCCAAUUGAUCAAUAUGAGAGGUUUAUCAGAAAAUCAUUAGAGGUUUCUAAUAUUCUUGUAUUGAUCUUUUUGGAGUAAGGGGAUUUAUUUGUUUGGGAAAUGCUUUGUUGAGCUUUAUUCAAGAGUAUAUGUUGGUAUUGUUGUGGAAAAAGAGGUAUUAAUGGAGAAAAAUAAUACAAGUGAUUCUCCAAGUUCUGAAAAGCUAGGGCAGUCUGUUGUGGAUGUUCAGAAAAAUGAUCAGAAGGACCAGUCGGAGGAAGUAAAAUCUAUAAAUAUUAGCGAGGAUGAUUCUGAAAUGGCUAAGGAUAAUGAUAAAUUUUAUAGUGGUGAAAAUGUUGACAAUGAUUAUGGCUUGCUGCUUAAAAGUGAAGGAGAUGUAUCGCAUGAUAGUGUUAACAAUAACAUUAGCAGGAUGGAUGAGGGUGGGGAUGUUUCUAAAAUUGAAGGAGAUAACAUGAACAAUUUCAUUUUGCAACAAGUUGGCCUGAGUGACGAAGUAGAUGAGGUAAAGAGUCUUGACCGCAAACCUGAAGGAGGGAAGCAAACUCCAGGUGAACUAUCUGGUGAUGUGGAGAAGAAGAAUCCUAUUUUUGGUGGCACAGAGGUCCCUGUGGUUGAAGCUAGCAGGACUACAUCUUCGCAUUCUGCAGAUGCUGAUCAGGAAACCGAUGGAUCUGCUAGGCCUGAGAAGGCUAUGACUUUUCGGGACUAUGUCAAGAAUAAAGGUGUAGUUGCUGUCACUGGUUUUUUGCAUGUCCUCUCUGGGAAAAAAGAUGGAAUUGAGCCGUUUCCUUCUGAUGAAGACAAGGGGUCUUCAGAUUUUGCAAAUGAUAGAGAAACUGCAGAUGUUUCCCAAAAGCCAGGAGAUAAAUCUGCAUGGAAUCCUCUUAGCUAUAUUAUGGCUUCUCGUAAUGCUGAUGUAGAAGACAGGGCUGAACAAGGGGUGGAACGCGUUGAAGAACCACCAGAACCGAUGGUCAUGAAAGGAAGAAUAAUACUGUAUACACGGUUAGGAUGUCAAAACUGUAAGGAUGUUAGACUAUUUUUGUACCAUAAAAGGCUUAGAUAUGUUGAAAUUAAUAUUGAUGUAUAUCCUAGUAGAAAGCAAGAGCUAGAAAAGUUUACUGGGUCUUCUGCUGUUCCUAAAGUAUUUUUUAAUGAGGUUGUGAUCGGAGGGUUGAGUGAGCUUAAGGGCUUGGAUGAGUCUGGUAAACUUCAAGAGAAGAUUGAUUAUUUAAUUACUGAAGCACCAGGACAUGAGGCUCCUCUGCCGCCACUUUCUGGUGAAGAUGAUGUGUCAACUAGCGGGUCUUUUGAUGAAUUAGCUCUUAUUGUGCGGAAAAUGAAAGAAACCAUAGUUGUUAAGGAUCGGUUUUACAAAAUGCGAAGGUUCACCGGCUGCUUUCUAGGUUCAGAGGCUAUAGAAUUCUUAUCAGAAGACCAGUACUUGGAGAGGGAAGACGCCAUCGAAUUUGGACGAAAGCUAGCUAGCAAACUUUUUUUCCGACAUGUUCUUGAUGAAAAUCUCUUUGAGGAUGGUAACCACUUGUACUGGUUUUUGGAUGAUGAUCCGAUCGUGUCAUCUCAAUGUCACAACAUUCCUGUGGGUAUAAUUGAGGCCAAGCCUAAACCCAUAACAGAAAUUGCAUCGAGACUCAGAUUUGUAUUUUUUGCAAUAAAUGAAGCCUACACAUCGGAAGAUGGAAAGCAUAUUGACUACAGAAGUAUUCAUGGAAGUGAAGAAUUUGCAAGAUACUUGAGGAUAAUUCAAGAGCUCCAAAGGGUGGAAUUUCAUGAUUUACCAAGGGAAGAGAAGCUUGCUUUCUUUAUUAAUCUCCACAAUCUAAUGGUCAUUCAUGCAAUAUUAGUUUUAGGCUACCCAAAUGGUGCUUUGGAACGAAGGAAGUUUUUUGGAGACUUCAAGUAUGUAAUUGGUGGGUGUACAUUCUCACUUUCAGCUAUCCAAAAUGGCAUUUUGAGGGCCAACCAGCGACCACCAUACAAUCUAAUGAAACCAUUUGGUGUGAAUGAUAAACGUUGCAAGGCAGCUCUUCCCUAUCCGGAGCCUCUAAUUCACUUUGCACUUGUUAAUGGUACUCGUUCUGGACCUGCACUUAAGUGCUACUCACCUGGAAAUGUUGACAAAGAGUUGUUGGAAGCAGCCCGCUGUUUCCUAAGAGGUGGAGGGCUUGUCAUUGAUGUGAAUGCCAAGGUUGCACAUGUCAGCAAGAUCCUUAAAUGGUUUAGCAUGGAUUUCGGCAAGAAUGAGGUAGAGGUACUGAAGCAUGCAUCAAACUACCUGGAGCCUACCAACUCUGAAUUAUUGCUGGAGUUACUCGCCAAUGGUCAAUUAAAGGUGCAGUACCAGACUUAUGAUUGGGGUUUGAACUUGUAGCCUUAGUUUUGGCUUUUCUUGUAAACUGUGUAGAUUUUUACAAUUCCCUUCACACAAAAUUCAUUACCCAAUGAGGAAAUUUCAAUAUAUUUUGAAAAAAAUGGCAAAUUACUAUCUGAA